AUGUCUUGCCCUGAAAAAGCUGGCUAUAAUAACACCAACGGUCCCAAAAAACGCGGUUUUGUACGACGUGUUGUCGAUUACGCGCAGGCACCAGGCAGACAAUUCGUUGUACAAUCGGCUGCACCAUCCAUUUUUGUCAAUAAGAAUGAUUUUGAAGAUGCAGGAUCAGUAGAAGAAGUGGCUAUUUCGAUCGUUGGCGACGAUGUCCCUGAAAGUACUUACAUAUACAAUGAAAACGACAAGAUUUCCUGGGGUUCUUCUCUCUUCAAUUGGCUCACUGAUAUUGCUGGUUCUCUCAGUAUCUUUCUCCUUACAUGUGCAAUCAUUUUAGCAUGGGCUAUAUGGGGCAUUGUCACCAGGGCUCCGGAUAACUGGCAGAUUGCUAUGCAAGAUGGUAGCUCCAUCCAAUGUUACAUUUCCGAUACCCUUCUGAUGCGUCAACAGCAUAAUAACACGAAUCGUUUGUUAGUUAUCCUUGCUCAACUCCGUUCUAGAUGUUCCACAGUUGAUCGAUUGAUCAAGCUCGUACAAAAAAGUAAUUCUGGUCUUACUCCAAACGAAUUAAAAGAGCUUGCCAACAAAACGCCUGAAGACUGUGUCGGCGAUGCUGCCAAAUUACCUACCGAGAAUUAUUUUGACGUAUGCUGCAACUGGGUUUCUGAAGCCCUCGGUUCUCUUUGGUCAUUAGCUAUUUAUUGGUGUGGAAUUAUCGCUUGGAUCGGCGUUGGCCCUUCAUUGGGCUUCAGUGACAAAUGGCAACUGUACAUCAAUACAGUUGUAUAUUCAGGUGUUGCUGUUCAGCUGACUUUUGUUAGUAUGUUUCUACAAAAUACUCGUCGCCGUCAUAUGGCGUAUCUUGAAAAAUGCCUCAAAUGUAUUCAAACUUCUGAUCAUCAACUUGAGAUUGAAUUGCGAGGAGUGGCCAAGGACAAUACCCCCAAUCCGAUCGUUUCUAUUGCCCCUCAUCCUGUUUCUAAGGGUGUUCGCUUUAUUGAUUAUUAUGGUGACAUUAUUGGUACUGGCAUUGGUGCAUUUAUCUCACUUUGUGUCUUCAUUGCUUGGUUUGCCAUCGGUAAUACUAUGAGCUGGAGUGAUGACUGGUGGUUGAUUAUUGGUACUUACACUGGAUUAGUCGGUUUCAUUGAUGGCUUUGUUUUACGUAAUGUAUACUUCCGUCAAGAUGCUCUCUUGGACGAACAGUUUGAAGUGCUCGCUGAUAAUGAUAAGGCCAUCUACCAAUUUUUGAAUCUCACUUUACCAAAGCAGAACUUUGAUGAAAAGAAGUCAUUCGGUCAACGCUUGAGUAAUUGGAUGGGAGAUAUCUGCUCUCACCCCAUUGCUGUUUUAUUCUCUGUACUGGUUGUUAUUGCUCUACUUUGCGCUGCUGGUGCUUUGAAGUUCAAUACAACUGCCCAAUUGUUCUGUAACACUCCCACUAUGAUUAUCGAAGGUUUCUUGUUGAUUGUUUUGCUCCAAGCCCAUAACUUGUCCAACACCAUCAGACGUGUCCAGAUGAAGGAUAUUCUUCUUAGGCGACUCCAUCUACUACAAUAUAUUCAAGCUUUAUUGCGCUCAAAGCAGUAA